GAAAUCCGCUCUGCUUCUGCAAUGUGACCUGCCCGAAACUUGGGCGCUCCUUCAGUCUGGAUGUUAAUGGCAGGACAAAGGGGUGCCUGGACUAUGGGUGACGUGGUGGAGAAGAGUCUGGAAGGGCCUCUGGCACCUCCCACGGAUGAACCCUCCCAGAAAAGGGGAGACCUGGUAGAAAUCUUAAAUGGGGACAAGGUAAAAUUUGACGACACGGGACUGUCCUUAAUUCUGCAGAAUGGCCUGGAGACCCUCCGCGUGGAAAACGCUCUGACAGAUGUCACCCUGUGUGUGGACAUUCAGGAAUUCUCCUGCCACCGCGUGGUGCUUGCUGCGGCCAGCAACUAUUUCAGGGCCAUGUUCUGCAAUGAUUUAAAGGAAAAGUAUGAGAAGAGGAUCAUUAUCAAAGGGGUCGAUGCUGAGACCAUGCACACUCUUCUGGACUAUACCUACACCAGCAAGGCGCUGAUCACCAAGCAGAAUGUCCAGCGGGUCCUGGAAGCUGCUAACCUCUUCCAGUUCCUGCGGAUGGUGGAUGCCUGCGCCAGCUUCCUCACGGAAGCCUUGAAUCCAGAAAACUGUGUUGGAAUACUGAGGCUGGCAGACACCCACUCCUUGGACAGUCUAAAGAAGCAGGUUCAAAGUUACAUCAUCCAGAACUUUGUGCAGAUUCUGAACGCCGAGGAGUUCCUUGAACUUCCCGUGGACACUUUGUACCACAUCUUGAAGAGUGAUGACCUAUAUGUGACGGAGGAGGCUCAGGUGUUUGAGACUGUGAUGAGCUGGGUGCGGCACAAACAGUCAGAACGCCUCUGCUUGCUCCCCUACAUCCUGGAGAACGUGCGCUUGCCACUUCUGGACCCCUGGUACUUUGUGGAGACGGUGGAAGCAGAUCCUCUCAUCAGGCAGUGCCCGGAGGUCUUCCCGCUGCUCCAGGAGGCCAGGAUGUACCACCUUUCUGGCAAUGAGAUCAUUUCGGAGCGCACCAAGCCCAGGAUGCACGAGUUCCAGUCUGAGGUGUUCAUGAUCAUUGGUGGCUGCACGAAGGAUGAGCGGUUUGUGGCAGAGGUAACCUGCCUGGACCCCCUGAGGCGCAGCCGCCUGGAGGUGGCCAAGCUCCCGAUGACGGAGCAAGAGCUGGAGAGUGAGAAUAAGAAGUGGGUGGAGUUUGCAUGCGUGACAUUAAAAAAUGAGGUCUACAUCUCAGGUGGCAAAGAAACACAGCAUGAUGUUUGGAAAUAUAAUUCUUCGAUCAACAAGUGGAUUCAAAUUGAGUAUUUGAACAUAGGCCGCUGGAGGCAUAAGAUGGUGGUGUUGGGUGGCAAGGUCUACGUGAUCGGGGGUUUCGAUGGCUUGCAGAGGAUCAACAACGUGGAGACCUAUGACCCCUUCCACAACUGCUGGUCAGAGGCUGCACCCCUCCUUGUUCAUGUCAGUUCCUUCGCAGCCACCAGCCAUAAGAAAAAGCUCUAUGUGAUUGGGGGAGGGCCCAAUGGGAAACUGGCCACGGACAAGACUCAAUGUUAUGACCCUUCAACCAAUAAGUGGAGUUUAAAGGCGUCCAUGCCAGUGGAGGCUAAAUGCAUCAAUGCAGUGAGUUUCCGGGACCGCAUCUAUGUUGUUGGUGGGGCCAUGAGAGCGCUGUACGCCUACAGCCCCCUGGAGGACAGCUGGUGCCUGGUGACCCAGCUCAGCCACGAGAGGGCCAGCUGCGGCAUCGCGCCCUGCAACAACCGGCUCUACAUCACCGGGGGGCGGGACGAGAAGAACGAGGUCAUCGCCACGGUGCUGUGCUGGGACCCGGAGGCCCAGAAACUGACCGAGGAGUGCGUCCUGCCCCGGGGGGUGUCGCACCACGGCAGCGUCACCAUCAGGAAGUCGUACACCCACAUCCGGAGGAUCGUGCCGGGAGCAGUGUCAGUGUGACUGCGGGAGCCGGGCAGUGCGGCCCGGGGACCCUCCGCACCCCUCACCCAUGUCCUGCCCACUGCAGACAGCAGGCGCGGCUUGGGCUUUAGGCCAAACAGCAGAAUCCCUUUGGCUCCCCACGGGGAGGCUCCUCGGAAGUCACGUCUUUGGGACACUUGAGAGCAGCCAGGAAUGUUUGCGUGAUCUACCUCAGGAGAGAAGAAGAGUAACACUUUACACUCAGGACACACCUGCCCCAUGCCAGGGUCUGUGCCGGGCACUCGUGUGUAUCCAUUCACUUAACCAUCACAAUGACCAGUGGCUGGGUGUUAUCACUCCCGUCUCACAAGUGAGGAAACCAAGCUUCGGAAAGGCUAAGUGGUUUGCCCCAGGUCACUCAGAUUGCAAGUAGCAAAGCCAGGAGUCUAAACCCAGGUAUUUCAACUUCCAAGCCAGUGCCCUUUCUGACAAACUGUCUCUCUCAGAGCACAAAACAAGAAACAAAAGCAUCAUCCCCCUGCCCCCGCCAAAACUGGCUCUUUGUUUUGUUUUGUUUUGAAACGUUUGCUGAAGGAUUCACUAAACAAGGCAGGGAAAUAAAGGUGUUUCUCUCUCUCUCUCCUCCCCUCCCCCCACGUAUAUUUAAACCAUAUGGAAUCCUUGGUGUGGGAGCCUUGGGUUCCUUGUCAGGAGUGUCUCAUAGGUUGUUUCAUCUGACAGGUCAGGGAAGGCCCAUUUGCUUUGAAAGAAAUUAAAAAAAAAAACCAACAAACCCAAAAAACAAAGAACAAAAAAACUUGUGUUCUGUUCUCCAUCAAAAGCCUCUAGUUGUUGGAGAUCAUGGGAGGCCCAUCUGGCACUGGGACUGGCAUUACCAGGCAGGUUGUGCCUUCCACACAGUCUAGUGUCCUGGCCUCUUUGUGCCUAACUGUUGUGCUGCGGUGCAGAAAAGGGCUCCUGUAGACUCGAGCACUGUCUUCAGAAGGCGUAAACAUCCCCACAGGCUGCGGGCCCCCGUGGGACUGACCAGCUCUUCUCCACGGCACACGUCCCAUUUCUUAGAUGGUGAUGUGGGUCCAUGUCCCUGAUACCCCACCUCCCUGGAGCCUGAGUUUUCAGGGUCAUUUUAAGCCUUUCUAUUUGGAUUUUGGAUCAGCUUCGCACGAUUUUGACUCAAACACCAGAGUCUGUCCUUUAAGCGCUAGGGCUUUCAAAUGAGCUCACUGGAAAUUCAUUCUAAUCCCCACGUUGGGGAAACAGAUUAAGAGAUCUUGUUUCAUAUGCCGUAUUUAAAAGCAACAACAAUGGUAACAACAUAGUAACUGUAUUACCCAAUGUGCUUUAUUUUCAUCAUAUGAUUUAAAAUCUCUUUAUAGAGUUUUAUGUCAUGUCAGAUGUGGCAUAUCGAGUCUGUGCUUCUCGGCAGUUUGGAACUUGAUAGGGGGCUUAAUUUUCAUAGAAAAGUUAUGGUUAGAAGAAGCUAAAAUUCAAAGCAGCUAAAAAAGACUUGGAAAAUUGCAAGUGAGACUUAUUCAUGCUCAGGUUGAAGACAAACAUAAGUGCAUGUCAGUGUGUGAAAAGCUCCGAGCUUACAGUCAUAUGUGACAGCUCAGUUACCCACCAUGGAAGUGGGACGGGAAAGUGCGGACGCACCUGUGGAAGUUUAGAACACAUGUAUCACUUGCUUGUGAGCGCUAAUAACUGUGACAAAGCUCUCAAUUUAAUUUCGUUUAAUUGAGCAAACGUUCAAGUCAUUCUUUAUGUUUGUCACACUUUGGGAACACCAAUGAAUGAAACAAAUCCCCACCACAGAGAUACUCAGUAAAUAGGUAAAUAUGCCACAUGUCAAUAUUAUAAUUUUUCUUUUCAUCAAGUCAGCAAAAACUUUGAUGUGUGUAAAGUUUUGAGGCUGCGUCCAAGUCCUUAUUGUCCUUCCAAUUGGUCUCUCUGGAGAGCUGUGUGUUUGGCUUAAUGAUGUGGCCGCUGCUUACGUGUUUGUCUUUCUCCGAGAUCACCUUCUGAAACGUUUAUGAGUUACAGGAGAAAUCAGUCAUAUUCCAAAAAUGGUUUCAGGGAAGAACUUCCAAAGUGGAUAUCCAAUGACACCAUCACAGCCACACACGACGAGCACCGCCGCCCCCCCCCCCCCCCACCACCAGAAGGAGAACGCUCUUCCUUUUGUUAAACACUCUUCAGUAAGAGAAGGCAGCAAAUUUUGAGAGUCAGUGGGCCAACCCUGUGCUAGGAAAGUGAAGAUUUAGAAUCUCUCUGUUAUAAACCUGGUUCUAAAUGUGGGCCCCAAGUUUCAGGACAAGUUCUGAACACCUAAAUGAAGACAAAGAAUGAAUUCUAUAUAAUGCUUAUCUCAUCAGACAUGCAGGUGACUUGGGGUAAAAAUCUCACGUCCCUGGCUCUCAAGAGACAGGGAUUCUUGAUAAUGGCGUGAGUUAGUGGGCAGGCAUACCUAUUAAGAUGAUCCAGAGUUCUGCACUUGAAGCUACCAGUCUGUAGCUUUCAGGGAAAAAUUUUUUCAAAUCAUUUUGGGGAAACUUGAUAGGUAUAAACUUCUAGGCACUAGCCAGGGAUAGAAGCACAUCUAGUUUGUGCCAAGUUAACUUUCAUAACUCACCAGCAGGGUCAUGAGGCAGAUUGGGUCCCGGUGAGCCAGAAGCAAAGGUCCCUGGGACUUGAGCCAGGCAUUUAGGACAUCCUGUCACAGCAGACUGGAUCUUGAGGCAGGUCCUGUGUGGGGACAGACCGCCCCUGGAUGGGAGGAACAGGGUGAGGUAGAAAGAGGAGGAGGUCCUGUCUAAGAAAAAUGAUAUGUCUAGAAAAUGAUAUCAGGAUCCCUGGAGUUUGUGAGCACAACUUUAUGCUUAAUAAGUAUAAGGGGCAAAUAAAGAAAAGGGGUUCCAUCCAAGGGGGUUCCAGGAAGGAACCCACUUCUUAGAAAUAAGGCACAAGUUAGAGCAGCAUUAACAGUCACAUCCAUGUACUCGAGGGCCUCAGAGCUGCUUGGCUGGGUCUCUCACUUUACUGGACCGAGAGAAAGACGCGCAGAGGCUUGGGGUGCAACCUGUAGUGAAGGUUAAGGGACCACAGUUGGCAAGGCUGGUCUACAAUGGACAUGGAGCUAAGCUUACCUGAACAUCAACAGAUAAAGUCUCUUAGCUUUCAUCACAUUCUGCUGUCAAUGACUUUCUCUCUCUCACACAUACACACACAUGCACACACAUUGCCCUUGAACCCAAAGCAAACUACGCUCUCAGGAAAAUGCAAAUACCCUUUGCUUAUAGCUGUGAAAAGUAUAGCUUUGCUAUUUAUAAAAGUCCUUGAGGUACUGUUGUUAUUUACUUAUCCUACUUGAUUUUGAAAAAUAAAUAGUAAUAAAAUUUUCAAAGUGGGGCAACACCCCAGGAAUUUCUUGUAUAAAGUUCUAACUUAGGGUUGCAAAAUCUUUUUGUCUCUGAAUAGCUGAUCUGGAUGUUGUAAUAGAUCUCAUAAUAUGAAGAGUCAACCUUCAUGGAAAUCUACAAAUAUUUCAAAUAUGUCUAACUGCAAAACCAGUUUUGAUGGAUUGGAUUUUCAUAUUUUUAGGUAAAAAUAGUCAACACUUAGUUAACUGAAUCCUUUAAGUAUUUUGGCUACAUGAGUUUGUAUUUUUUAAAAAAAUGAUCAAACUAAGGAUAUUGUUUUUGGUAAAUAUGCAAAUAAAGUUUUUAUUUAUUCAAUAAAAUG